AUGAGCGGAGACGAGGUUCUCAAUCUGCUGACCAUCAUUGCUAAGGCCAGUGGAGUUCUACCCAGACCUGCGACCAUUCUUGACGGCGAAGUUUUCGCCAUCUCCAAGGCCUUGGAGCUGUGUGUAGGGGACCUCGACAUCACUACUGACUCAAGAGUGGCAUACCGCCAGAAGUCAGCUAGGACCGUCUCCGCCAGACAUAGCCCAUCUUGGCGGCAAAGUUGGGAGGAGCGACAUCGAGCUCAUUUGACCUGGGUAAAGGCACAUCUUGAUGAAAAACAGUUCAUUCAAAGGUUCGGAGACGACUCCCUGUGGAGGUGGCGCCUGAAUCAGGCCGCCGAUCAUCUGGCGGGGGACCGCGCCAACAAGGCAGUGCAUCCAGCAGCGAAGGCACAGAUUCUUCAGGUUGAUACCCUGGUGUCGACGAUUUCUCAGCUCCUCAGUCAUCUGCAAAAGAGAGCCUAA